UUUGGCUCGACCUCGACAUAGGCUGGGCCUGCAAGUCCGCGGGGACCGGGUCCAGAGGGGCAGUGCUGGGAACGCCCCUCUCGGAAAUUAACUCCUCAGGGCACCCGCUCCCUUCCCGCGCGCCGCCCCCCUCCCGCCGGAGACUGAGUCUCGCGGGGGCGACCGCUGUCCACCGCCUCCGGCGGCCGCUGGCCUUGGGUCCCCGCUGCUGUUUCUCCUCCCUCCUCCUCGCAUUCUCCUCCUCCUCUGCUCCUCCCGAUCCCUCCUCCGCCGCCUGGUCCCUCCUCCUCCCGCCCUGCCUCCCCGCGCCCCGGCCCGCGCAAGCUAGACGUCCGGGCAGCCCCCGGCGCAGCGCGGCCGCAGCAGCCUCCGCCCCCCGCACGGUGUGAGCGCCCGCCGCGGCCGAGGCUGCCGGAGUCCCGAGCUAGCCCCGGCGGCCGCCGCCGCCCAGACCGGACGACAGGCCACCUCGUCGGCGUCCGCCCGAGUCCCCGCCUCGCCGCUAACGCCACAACCACCGCGCACGACCCCCUGACUCCGUCCAGUAUUGAUCGGGAGAGCCGGAGCGAGCUCUUCGGGGAGCAGCGAUGCGAUCCUCCCGGACGGCCGGGGCAGCGCUCCUGGCGCUGCUAGCUGCGCUCUGCCCGGCGAGUCGGGCUCUGGAGGAAAAGAAAGGUAAGGGCGUGUCUCGCCGGCUCCCGCGCCGCCCCCGGAUCGCGCCCCGGACCCCGCAGCCCGCCCAGCCGCGCACCGGCGCACCGGCUCGGCGCCCGCGCCCCCGCCCGUCCUUUCCUGUUUCCUUGAGAUCAGCUGCGCCGCCGACCGGGACCGCGGGAGGAACGGGACGUUUCGUUCUUGGGCCGGGAGAGUCUGGGGAGGGCGGAGGAGGAGACGCGUGGGACACGGGGCUGCAGGCCGGGCGGUGAACGGCCGCCGGGACCUCCGGGGCCCCGAACCGCUCCCAACUUUCUUCCCUCACUUUACCGGCCCAGCUGCGCGGGAUCGGCGUCAGUGGGCGAAAGCCGGGUGCUGGUGGGCGCCUGGGGCUGGGGUCCCGCAUGUGCGCCCCGCGCUGUCUUCCCAGGGCGCGGCGGGGUCCUCGGCGCUGCCCACCCGCCGAGACUGCACUGUUUAGGGAAGCUGAGAAGGACCCCGAAAAUACAGCCUCCCCUCGGACCCCGCGGGACAGGCGGCUUCCUGAGCGGACCUCCCCGCCUCCGCCCUCCGCGCAGGUCUCAAACUGAAGCCGGCGCCCGCCAGCCUGGCCCCGGCCCCUCUCCAGGUCCCCGCGAUCCUCGUUCCCCGGUGUGGAGUCGCAGCCUCGACCUGGGAGCUGGGAGAACUCGUCUGCCACCACCUGCGGCUCCCGGGAAGGGGUGGUGCUGGCGGCGGUUAGCUUCCUCGUUGGCAAAAGGCAGGUGGGGUCCGACCCGCCCCUUGGGCGCAGACCCCGGCCGCUCGCCUCGCCCGGUGCGCCCCCGUCUUGCCGGUCCAGGAGUGCCCCCCACCUCCCGGGGACCCGAGCUCCCUCCUGGGCGCCCGCGCCGAAAGCCCCAGGCUCUCGUUCGAUGGCCGCCUCGCGGAGAAGUCCGAGUCUGCCCCACCUGCAGCCCUUCGGUCGCGCCUGGGCUUCGCGGUAGAGCGGGACGCGGCUGUCCGGCCACUGCAGGGGGGAUCGCGGGACUCUUGAGCGGAAGCCCCGGAAGCAGAGCUCAUCCUGGCCAGCACCACGGUGUUUCAAAAUGGGGCUCACAGCAAACUUCUCCUCAAAACCCGGAGAGUUUCUUUCUUGGAUGUCUCUUUUUGCUGUUUGAAGAAUUUGACAUUGAGCCAACCAAAAUAUUCAACCUGUCUUACACACACACACACACACACACACACCGGAUUGAUGUCCCUGGUUCAAGUGUGCCAAGUGUGCAGACAGAACAUGAGCGAGUCUGGCUUCGUGACUACCGACCAUAAACCCACUUGACAGGGGAAACAUGCCUCGGAGGGUUUAAUUGCACAAUUCCAGCCUUGAGCUGCGCGGGUUCCAAGAGCCAGGCCCGUACUUGCUGUUGAUGUCAUUGGCUUGGGGAGUUGGGGUUUGGUGCCCAGCGCGGUCGUUGGGGGAGGGGCAAGGCAUAGAACAGUGGUUCCCAGACCUUACUGCACAUUGGAAUUACCUGGGAUUAAAAAAAAAAAAAAAAUCAAAACAAAAACCAGUGUCUGGCUCCUGCCCCCAGACAUUCUGAUUUAAUUGGCAUGGGGCAAGACCUGGACUUGGGAUUUUUUUUAAUGCUCUUCAUGUGAUCUGUUGGGCAGCCAGAUUUGGGGAUCACUAGACGGAAGAAGGAUUGUUAAAGUCUCCGGAGAUGUUACUUGCCAAUGCAAAGAGCUCUUUGAGGACAUCUGGAAUUGUUACAAUAUUGCCAAAUAUAGGAAAGAGUGAAAAGUUUGCCAAGGCACGAGUAACAAGCUCACGCAGUUGGGCACUUUUGAAGAUCAUUUUCUCAGCCUCCAGAGGAUGUUCAAUAACUGUGAGGUGGUCCUUGGGAAUCUGGAAAUUACCUAUGUACAGAGGAAUUAUGAUCUUUCCUUCUUAAAGACCAUCCAGGAGGUGGCUGGUUAUGUCCUCAUCGCCCUCAACACAGUGGAGCGGAUUCCUUUGGAAAACCUGCAGAUCAUCAGAGGAAAUAUGUACUAUGAAAAUUCCUAUGCCUUAGCAGUCUUAUCUAACUAUGAUGCAAAUAAAACCGGACUAAAGGAGCUGCCCAUGAGAAAUUUACAGGAAAUCCUGCAUGGCGCCGUGCGGUUCAGCAACAACCCUGCCCUGUGCAACGUGGAGAGCAUCCAGUGGUGGGACAUAGUCAGCAGCGACUUUCUCAGCAACAUGUCGAUGGACUUCCAGAACCACCUGGGCAGCUGCCAAAAGUGUGAUCCAAGCUGUCCCAAUGGGAGCUGCUGGGGUGCAGGAGAGGAGAACUGCCAGAAACUGACCAAAAUCAUCUGUGCCCAGCAGUGCUCUGGGCGCUGCCGCGGCAAGUCCCCCAGUGACUGCUGCCACAACCAGUGUGCCGCUGGCUGCACGGGCCCCCGGGAGAGCGACUGCCUGGUCUGCCGCAAAUUCCGAGACGAAGCCACGUGCAAGGACACCUGCCCCCCACUCAUGCUCUACAACCCCACCACAUACCAGAUGGAUGUGAACCCCGAGGGCAAAUACAGCUUUGGUGCCACCUGCGUGAAGAAGUGUCCCCGUAAUUAUGUGGUGACAGAUCACGGCUCGUGCGUCCGAGCCUGUGGGGCCGACAGCUAUGAGAUGGAGGAAGACGGCGUCCGCAAGUGUAAGAAGUGCGAAGGGCCUUGCCGCAAAGUGUGUAACGGAAUAGGUAUUGGUGAAUUUAAAGACACACUCUCCAUAAAUGCUACGAAUAUUAAACACUUCAAAAACUGCACCUCCAUCAGUGGCGAUCUCCACAUCCUGCCGGUGGCAUUUAGGGGUGACUCCUUCACACACACUCCACCUCUGGAUCCACAGGAACUGGAUAUUCUGAAAACCGUAAAGGAAAUCACAGGGUUUUUGCUGAUUCAGGCUUGGCCUGAAAACAGGACGGACCUCCAUGCUUUUGAGAACCUAGAAAUCAUACGCGGCAGGACCAAGCAACAUGGGCAGUUUUCUCUUGCAGUCGUCAGCCUGAACAUAACAUCCUUGGGAUUACGCUCCCUCAAGGAGAUAAGCGAUGGAGAUGUGAUAAUUUCAGGAAACAAAAAUUUGUGCUAUGCAAAUACAAUAAACUGGAAAAAACUGUUUGGGACCUCCGGUCAGAAAACCAAAAUUAUAAGCAACAGAGGUGAAAACAGCUGCAAGGCCACAGGCCAGGUCUGCCAUGCCUUGUGCUCCCCCGAGGGCUGCUGGGGCCCGGAGCCCAGGGACUGCGUCUCCUGCCGGAAUGUCAGCCGAGGCAGAGAAUGCGUGGACAAGUGCAACAUUCUGGAGGGCGAGCCAAGGGAGUUUGUGGAGAACUCUGAGUGCAUACAGUGCCACCCAGAAUGCCUGCCCCAGGCCAUGAACAUCACCUGCACGGGACGGGGACCAGACAACUGUAUCCAGUGUGCCCACUACAUUGACGGCCCCCACUGCGUCAAGACCUGCCCGGCAGGAGUCAUGGGAGAAAACAACACCCUGGUCUGGAAGUACGCAGACGCCGGCCACGUGUGCCACCUGUGCCAUCCAAACUGCACCUACGGAUGCGCUGGGCCAGGUCUUGAAGGCUGUGCAGUGAAUGGGCCUAAGAUCCCGUCCAUCGCCACUGGGAUGGUGGGGGCCCUCCUUCUGCUGCUGGUGGUGGCCCUGGGGAUCGGCCUCUUCAUGCGAAGGCGCCACAUCGUUCGGAAGCGCACGCUGCGGAGGCUGCUGCAGGAGAGGGAGCUUGUGGAGCCUCUUACACCCAGUGGAGAAGCUCCCAACCAAGCUCUCUUGAGGAUCUUGAAGGAAACUGAAUUCAAAAAGAUCAAAGUGCUGGGCUCCGGCGCGUUCGGCACUGUGUAUAAGGGACUCUGGAUCCCAGAAGGUGAGAAAGUUAAAAUUCCCGUCGCUAUCAAGGAAUUAAGAGAAGCAACAUCUCCGAAAGCCAACAAGGAAAUCCUCGAUGAAGCCUACGUGAUGGCCAGCGUGGACAACCCCCACGUGUGCCGCCUGCUGGGCAUCUGCCUCACCUCCACCGUGCAGCUCAUCACGCAGCUCAUGCCCUUCGGCUGCCUCCUGGACUAUGUCCGGGAACACAAAGACAAUAUUGGCUCCCAGUACCUGCUCAACUGGUGUGUGCAGAUCGCAAAGGGUAUGAACUACUUGGAGGACCGUCGCUUGGUGCACCGUGACCUGGCAGCCAGGAACGUACUGGUGAAAACGCCGCAGCAUGUCAAGAUCACAGAUUUUGGGCUGGCCAAAUUGCUGGGUGCAGAAGAGAAAGAAUACCAUGCAGAAGGAGGCAAAGUGCCUAUCAAGUGGAUGGCAUUGGAAUCAAUUUUACACAGAAUUUAUACCCACCAGAGUGAUGUCUGGAGCUAUGGGGUGACCGUUUGGGAGUUGAUGACCUUUGGAUCCAAGCCAUAUGACGGAAUCCCUGCCAGCGAGAUCUCCUCCAUCCUGGAGAAAGGAGAACGCCUCCCCCAGCCACCCAUAUGUACCAUCGAUGUCUACAUGAUCAUGGUCAAGUGCUGGAUGAUAGACGCAGAUAGUCGCCCAAAGUUCCGUGAGUUGAUCAUCGAAUUCUCCAAAAUGGCCCGAGACCCCCAGCGCUACCUUGUCAUUCAGGGGGAUGAAAGAAUGCAUUUGCCAAGCCCUACAGACUCCAACUUCUAUCGUGCCCUGAUGGAUGAAGAAGACAUGGACGACGUGGUGGAUGCUGACGAGUACCUCAUCCCACAGCAGGGCUUCUUCAGCAGCCCCUCCACGUCACGGACUCCCCUCCUGAGCUCUCUGAGUGCAACCAGCAACAAUUCCACUGUGGCUUGCAUUGAUAGAAAUGGGCUGCAAAGCUGUCCCAUCAAGGAAGACAGCUUCUUGCAGCGAUACAGCUCAGACCCCACAGGCGCCUUGACUGAGGACAGCAUAGACGACACCUUCCUCCCAGUGCCUGAAUACAUAAACCAGUCCGUUCCCAAAAGGCCCGCUGGCUCUGUGCAGAAUCCUGUCUAUCACAAUCAGCCUCUGAACCCCACGCCCAGCAGAGACCCACACUACCAGGACCCCCACAGCACUGCAGUGGGCAACCCCGAGUAUCUCAACACUGUCCAGCCCAGCUGUGUCAACAGCACAUUCGACAGCCCUGCCCACUGGGCCCAGAAAGGCAGCCACCAAAUUAGCCUGGACAACCCUGACUACCAGCAGGACUUCUUUCCCAAGGAAGCCAAGCCAAAUGGCAUCUUUAAGGGCUCCACAGCUGAAAAUGCAGAAUACCUAAGGGUCACGCCACAAAGCAGUGAAUUUAUUGGAGCAUGACCACAGAGGAUAGUAUGAGCCCUAAAAAUCCAGACUCUUUCAAUACCCAGGACCAAGCCGCAGCAGGUCCUCCAUCCCAACAGCCAUGCCCGCAUUAGCUCUUAGACCCACAGACUGGUUUCGCAACGUUUACACCGACCAGCCAGGAAAUGCUUCCACCUCGGGCGCAUUUUGGGAAGUUGCAGGUGCAUUCCUUUGUCUUCAAACUGUGAAGCAUUUACAGAAACGCAUCCAGCAAGAAUAUUGUCCCUUUGAGCAGAAAUUUAUCCUUCAAAGAGGUAUAUUUGAAAAAAAUAAGUAUAUGUGAGGAUUUUUAUUGAUUGGGGAUCUUGGAGUUUUUCAUUGUCGCUGUUGAUUCUUACUUCAAUGGGCUCUUCCAACAAGGAAGAAGCUUGCUGGUAGCACUUGCUACCCUGAGUUCAUCCAGACCCAACUGUGAGCAAGGAGCACAAGCCACAAGUCUUCCAGAGGACGCUUGAUUCCAGUGGUUCUGCUUCAAGCCUUCCACUGCAAAACACUAAAGAUCCAAGAAGGCCUUCAUGGCCCCAGCAGGCCAGAUCGGUACUGUAUCGAGUCAUGGCAGGUACAAUAGGAUAAGCCACUCUGUCCCUUCCUGAGCAAAGAAGAAACGGAGGGGAUAGAAUUCUUCCUUAGACUUACUUUUGUAAAAACGUCCCCAGGGUACUUACUCCCCACUGAUUGACCAGUGGUUUCCAGUCGUGAGCAUUAGACUGACUUGUUUGUCUUCCAUUCCAUUGUUUUGAAACUCAGUAUGCUGCCCCUGUCUUGCUGUCAUGAAAUCAGCAAGAGAGGAUGACACAUCAAAUAAUAACUCGGAUUCCAGUCCACAUUGGAUUCAUCGGCAUUCAGACCAAUAGCCCACAGCUGAGAAUGUGGAAUACCUAAGGAUAGCACCGCUUUUGUUCUCACAAAAACGUAUCUCCUAAUUUGAGGCUCAGAUGAAAUGCAUCAGGUCCUUUGGGGCAUAGAUCAGAAGACUACAAAAAUGAAGCUGCUCUGAAAUCUCCUUUAGCCAUCACCCCAACCCCCAAAAUUAGUUUGGGUUACUCAUGGAAGACAGUUUUCUCCUUUUACUUCACUUUAAAAGCUUUUUACUCAAAGUGUAUAUGUUCCCUCCAGGUCAGUUGCCCCCAAACCCCCUCCUUACACUUUGUCAAACAAAAAGUGUCUCUGCCUUGAGUCAUGUAUUCAAGCACUUACAGCUCUGGCCACAACAGGGCAUUUUACAGGUGCCAAUGACAGUAGCAUUAUGAGUAGUGUGGAAUUCAGGUAGUAAAUAUGAAACUAGGGUUUGAACUUGAUAAUGCUUUCACAACAUUUGCAGAUGUUUUAGAAGAAGAAAAGUUCCUUCCUAAAAUAAUUUCUCUACAAUUGGAAGAUUCAGCUAGUUAGGAUCCCACCUUUUUUCCUAAUCUGUGUGUGCCCUGUAACCUGACUGGUUAACAGCAGUCCUUUGUAAACAGUGUUUUAAACUCUCCUAGUCAAUAUCCACCCCAUCCAAUUUAUCAAGGAAGAAAUGGUUCAGAAAAUAUUUUCAGCCUACAGUUAUGUUCAGUCACACACACAUACAAAAUGUUCCUUUUGCUUUUAAAGUAAUUUUUGACUCCCAGAUCAGUCAGAGCCCCUACAGCUUUGUUAAGAAAGUAUUUGAUUUUUGUCUCAAUGAAAAUAAAAUUAUACUCAUUUCCACUCUAUUAUGCUCUCAAAUACCCCUAAGCAUCUAUACUAGCCUGGUAUGGUUAUGAAAGAUACAAAGAUAAAUAAAACAUAGUCCCUGAUUCUAAGAAAUUCACAAUUUAGCAAAGGAAAUGGACUCAUAGAUGCUAACCUUAAAACAAUGUGACAAAUGCCAGACAGGACCCAUCAGCCAGGCACUGUGAGAGCACAGAGCAGGGAGGUUGGGUCCUGCCUGAGGAGACCUGGAAGGGAGGCCUCACAGGAGGAUAACUAGGUCUCAGCCAGCGGGGAGGUGGAAAGUGCAGGUGCAUCAGGGGCACCCUGACCAAGGAAACAGCUGCCAGAGGCCUCUACUGCUAAAGUCCGCAUAAGGCUGAGGUCAGUCACCCUAAACAACCUGCUCCCUCUAAGCCAGGGGAUGAGCUUGGAGCAUCCCACAAGUUCCCUAAAAGUUGCAGCCCCCAGGGGGAUUUUGAGCUAUCAUCUCUGCACAUGCUUAGUGAGAAGACUACACAACAUUUCUAAGAAUCUGAGAUUUUAUAUCGUCAGUAAACCACUUCCAUUAUUCAUUCACCUCAGGACAUGCAGAAAUAUUUCAGUCAGAACUGGGAAACAGAAGGACCUACAUUCUGCUGUCACUUAUGUGUCAAGAAGCAGAUGAUUGAUGAGGCAGGUCAGUUUUAAGUGCGUCACAUUGUAGCAUUAAAUCCUAGUAUUUUUGUAGUUUGAAACAGUAACCUAAUAAAAGAGCAAAAGCUAUUCUAGCUUUCUUCUCCUUCAUAUUUUAAUUUUCCACCAUAAGGUUUAGUUGCUAAAUUCUAUUAAUUUUAAGAUUGUGCUUCCUAAAAUAGUUCUCACUUCAUCUGUCCAGGGAGGCACAGUUCUGUCUGGUAGAAGCCGCAAAGCCCUUAGCCUCUCCACGGAUCUGGCGACUGUGGUGGGCAGGUCAGGAGAGGAGCUGCCCAAAGUCCCAUGAUUUUCACCUAACAGCCCUGAUCAGUCAGUUCUCAAAGCUUGGACUCUAUCCCUGAAGGUCUUCCUGAUUGAUAGCCUGGCCUUAAUACCCUAAAGAAAGCCUGUCUGUUGGCUAUUUCUUCCUCAGUCAGUUCCUGGAAGACCUUACCCCAUGACCCCAGCUUCAGAUGUGGUCUUUGGCAACAGAGGUCGAAGGAAAGUAAGGAGCUGAGAGCUCACAUUCAUGGGUGCCGCCAGCCUUCGUGCAUCUUCUUGCAUCAUCUCUAAGAAGCUCCUCUAAUUACACCAUGCCCGUCACCCCAUGAGGGAUCAGAGAAGGGAUGAGUCUUCUAAACUCUAUAUUCACUGUGAGUCCAGGUUGUAAGGGGGAGCACUGUGGAUGCAUCCUGUUGCACUCCAGCUGAUGACACCAAAGCUUAGGUGUUUGCUGAAAGUUCUUGAUGUUGUGACUUACCACGCCCACCUCACAACUGCAGACAUAAGGGGACUAUGGAUUGCUUAGCAGGAAAGGCACUGGUUCUCAAGGGCAGCUGCCCUUGGGAAUCUCCUGGUCCCAACCAGAAAGAUUGUGGCUUGAUUUUCUCAGGUGCAGCCCAGCCGUAGGGCCUUUUCAGAGCACCCCCUGGUUACUGCAACAUUCAUCAAAGUUUCCAGAACCUCUGGCCUAAAGGAAGGGCCUGGUGGGGUCUGCUUGGCACUCGCUGGGGGGCCACCCCUCAGUGCCACUCUCACUAGGCCUCCGUUUGCACUUGUAUAGGAUGAAGCUGGUGGGUGAUGGGAACUCGGCACCUCCCCUCAGGCAGAAGAGAAUCAUCUGUGGAGCUUCAAAGGAAGGGGCCUGGAGUCUCUGCAGACCAAUUCAACCCAAAUCUCAGGGGCUCUUUCAUGAUUCUAAUGGGCAACCAGGGUUGAAACCCUUAUUUCUAGGAUCUUCAGUUGUACAAGACUGUGGGUCUGUACCAGGGCCCCCAAUCAGAGUAGAAUAAAAGGCUGGGUAGGGUACAGAUUCCCAUGUGCAGUGGAGAGAACAAUUUGCAGUCACUGAUAAGCCUGAGACUUGGCUGCUAGUGGCCAUUCCAAAAGCCUCCAAUUCAUUGUCACCAGCAGUUCAGCUGGAAAGGGGCAAAUACCCCCACCUGAACCUUGAAAAAGCCCUGGGACCCUCUGCAUUCUCUAAGUAAGUUAUAGAAACCAGUCUCUUCCCUCCUUUGUGAAUGAGCUGCUAUUCCACAUAGGCAACACCUGUUGAAAUUGCCCUCAACAUCUACUCUGCAUUUCUUUCUUGUGAUAAGCACACACUUUUAUUGCAACAUAAUGAUCUGCUCACAUUUCCUUGCCUGGGGGCUGUAAAAUCUUACAGAACAGAAAUCCUUGCCUCUCUCACCAGCCACACCUGCCAUACCAGGGGUACAGCUUUGUACUAUCGAAGACACAGACAGGAUUUUUAAAUGUAAAUCUAUUUUUGUAACUUCGUUGUGGGAUAGCAUCCUCUUUAUGUAGCACCGAACUUUGUACAAUAUAUUUUUAGAAACUCAUUUUUCUACUAAAAGAAACACAGUUUACUUUAUAGAGACUGCAAUAGAAUCAAAAUUUGAAACUGAAAUCUUUGUUUAAGAGGGUUAAGUUGAGGCAAGAGGAAAGCCCUUUCUCUCUCUUAUAAAAAGGCACAACCUCAUUGGGGAGCUAAGCUAGGUCAUUGUCAUGGUGAAGAAGAGAAGCAUCAUUUUUAUAUUUAGGAAAUUUUAAAAGAUGAUGGAAAGCACAUUUAGCUUGGUCUGAGACAGGUUUCGUCGAGUCUGUUGGGGCAGUGUUAAUGGAAAGCGCUCACUGUCUGUUGUUACUACUAGAAAAAUCCAGCCACAUGCCAUACUCUCAUCAUCUGCCAGUGUAACCCUGUACAUGUAAGAAAAGCAAUAACAUAGCACUUUGUUGGUUUAUAUAUAUAAUGUGACUUCAAUGCAAAUUAUUUUAUUUUUAUAUUUAUAAUUGAUAUGCAUUUAUCAAUAUAAACUAGACAUAUCUGGACAGCCCUAAUAAUGUUCAGCACACUUUGGUUAGUUCACCAACAGUCUUACCGAGUCUGGGCCCAGCCACCCUAGAGAAGUUAGUCAGCCCUAGCUGCAGUGACAUCACCUGAGGAGCUUUUAAAAAACUUGAAGCCCAGCUACACCUCAGACCAAUUAAACGCAAAUCUCUGGGGCUGAAACCCAAGCGUUCGUAGUUUUUAAAGCUCCUGAGGUCAUUCCAAUGUGCGGCCAAAGUUGAGAACUACCAGCCUAGGGAUUAGCCACAAUGACAUGAACUUGGAGGCAAAUUCUGCAGGUGUAUGUGAUUCUCAGGCCUAGAGAACUAAGACACAAAGACCUCCACAUCUGUCGCUGAGAGUCAAGAACCUGAACAGAGUUUCCAUGAAGGUUCUCCAAGUACUAGAAGGGAGAGUGUCUAAACAAUGGUUGAAAAGCAAAGGAAAUAUAAAACAGACACCUCUUUUCCAUUUCCUAAGCUUGCUCUCUUUAUUAAGGGUGGACUAGUAAUAAAAUAUAAUAUUCUUGCUGCUUAUGGAGCUGACAUUGUUGCCCUCCCUAAAGCAACCAAGUAGCCUUUAUUUCCUGCAGUGAAAGAAAACAUUGGCCUAUCAGUUACAUUACAAAAGGCAGAUUUCAAGAGGAUUGAGUAAGUGGUUGGAUGGCUUUCAUAAAAACAAGAAUUCAAGAAGAGGAUUCAUGCUUUAAGAAACAUUUGUUAUACAUUCUUCACAAAUUACACCUGGGAUAAAAACUGUAGCAGGCAGUGUGUUUUCCUUCCGUGUCUCUCUGCACUACCCAGUGUGUCCUCUGAGGCUGCAAGUCUGUCCAAUCUGAAUUCCCAGCAGAAGCACUAAGAAGCUCCACCCUAUCACCUAGCAGAUAAAACUAUGAGGAAAACUUAAAUCUGUGCGUACAUUUCUGGAUGCAUUUACUUAUCUUUAAAAAAAAAAGGAAUCCUAUGACUUGAUUUGGCCACAAAAAUAAUCUUGCUGUACAAUACAAUCUCUUGGAAAUUAAGAGAUCCUAUGGAUUUGAUGACUGGUAUUAGAGGUGACAAUGUAACCGAUUAACAACAGACAGCAAUAACUUCGUUUUAGAAACAUUCAAGCAAUAGCUUUAUAGCUUCAACAUAUGGUACGUUUUAACCUUGAAAGUUUUGCAAUGAUGAAAGCAGUAUUUGUACAAAUGAAAAGCAGAAUUCUCUUUUAUAUGGUUUAUACUGUUGAUCAGAAAUGUUGAUUGUGCAUUGAGUAUUAAAAAAUUAGAUGUAUAUUAUUCAUUGUUCUUUACUCAUGAGUACCUUAAAAUAAUAAUAAUGUAUUCUUUGUUAACAA